CCAAGCGGUUGCUUCACAUUUUUACAUCCGGUGAAAUAUCUGUCUCAUUGUUCUAUCGGUUCUUCCUCUCUGAUUUCAGGAAGAACAGUUAAUGGCCGUGUUCGAGGUUAAUGGCUAGAAGGGAUACAGCUUUUGUCAAAUGAGCCUUCUAGCCAUGUAUGUGUUCAAGAGUCAAAAGCGCAAUGUAUAAUGGGUAAAUUGUGACUGACUGACUUUUUAGUAAAUAAUAAUGAGUCGUUACUUAUGAUGCAAGGUGAUUUGUAGAUCAGUCAGUAGACAGUCGCCUGCAGUCGUUUUGAUGCUCUCGAACGCGGCCGAUGUUUCUUCAGCGUCAGUAGAGCGGGCAUUAACUUCAGCCUUUCUCCUCUUAAGAACUCUUAGAGAUAUCCCUGCGUAGAUAAAAUCGUCAGGAGUUAUGGAACACAAGAUUGAUUUUCAAGAACUCCUGGCCAGACUGGUUAUCUCAGAGCCAACAGAUCCUAUUAUCAAGUGCAUUAUUAAUAAUAAUCUGGAGAGACUGAAGAAAUUGAUUAGAGGCAAGGACAUCAAUGCAUUGUACCCUUGUGUUGAGUUACAAGAUGAAGUAACCCCUUUAAUGGCUGCUGUUGCAUUUGCAAAUCAGGAGAUUUGUACAUUUCUUCUGGGAAAAGGUGCUGACCCCAACAAACCAUCAAAGAGAUAUUUAGUACCACUGCAUUAUGCUGGACUGCAGAAAGUUCCAGUGAAUAUAGUGACAACAUUACUGGAAGCAAAGGCAGAUCCAAAUGGUCUAGUAGAAACAGGCCUACCUGUAAAACCAAAGUUCUCUCCAAUUCAAUUAGCACAUGACAGAGAGGAUGUUGUGAAGAAGUUGCUCGAAUCUGGAGCUGUAAUGUGGCUAAAUCAUGGCAUCCAUCCUGCAAUUGAUCUGAAAUUGGCCACAAUAAUUGAAAACUUUGCUAAAGAGAGUGAGUUCUUUUCCAAAAUCAAGAUUUUUUAAAAUUUUGUGGAAGCAGUAAAACAAACAUCCCCAACAGAAGUGUUCAGCAGCUUUGCCCAGAACCUUCGACAGGUGAACCCCCAAACCCACCUUACUAUGGUUGACAUGUGCUUUAACAUUGACGGUCCAUAUGCAGAAAAAUACCCCCAAACAGCCAUUACAUGGUUGAACGACUCCAAUAAACUAGAUUACUAUGUUGAAGAUGUAAGCAAACGUCUGUCUACAAUUCCUCAGCUUUUUAGGACAAUUGCAUUGAAAUCCUUAGAUAGAGUUGUUUGCGCCAUGAAGGAAAUACCCAAUGAGCUGUCACUUACCCUAAUUCCUGAGUUAGUGAAACUGCUUUCCUGUAAAACAGAAGAUGAUCUUGUUCCAUUGAUCAUUGUUAUACUCUAUGGCAUCACACAGAAGACAAAAGACAAGGAUCGUUGGAGCAACUCUGACCUUGAGGAAAUAUGCAAGCACAUUGUCCCAUGCACACAGAGGAAGGGUUAUCCCUCUGAAUUGAAGAUGUAUGCCUAUGCCUUGCUAGCAGAUCUUUACACAUUUAGUUGUGUUCCUGGUUACAUCAGCUUUCUGGGACUGACUCCGGUACCUGAAGAACUACUUAUCUGGGGACGGGAUGAAAACCUGAAAGUAAAGAUGAGAGAUUUAAACAAGUCCUUAAACGGACAACAUUCUGUCUCCAAGUCAGCAAGUGAAGAUUCAAAAGACAGUCAUUUGUCAGAAACCAAGAAGAAGAAGAAGAAGAAGAAGAAGAGGGGAACGGCAGAAAAACAAGACAUACCAAAAGAAGAGACCGACACACAAGAAAAUAAAACCUGUUUAGCCUUCAAUACUUCAUCUACUGCUGUUGAGGAAUCUGGCCUUGAUCAGUGUUCUAGUGUCAAGCCGUUCCACCCCACCACUGACACGUCACCAUCACAGCGCAAAUGGCUCAAAGUCAGCAAGCGGUGGGAGACACAGUUAGAGAAGCUUGCCAACGUGGAUGAACGUAAAGUUUAUAGGGUAGGAAACCUCACUAUUGUAGAUGAUGCAGAAUUCUACAUAGCAAAGGGAAGUGAUGGAACUGAGGUCUUCUUGGGCCUCAGGGAUGAUGGCACUGAAGUAGCCAUAAAGAGAAUGACCAGAUUAAACUAUCAAGUUCUCAAGAAUGAGGAGGAAUUCCUACGUCUUCCUAAACUUGAUAAUCCCUACAUUGUAAGAUAUGUUGACUUUGCAGAGGAUACAAUCUUUGGCUACCUUGUUCUUCAGCUGUGCGAAUACACCUUGGAUGAAUACAUCAAUGACCACUUACCAAAGGACAACCCUCAUGUUCUGAAUGAAAUUGUACAUGAUGUUCUCUCUAGUCUAGGAGUGCUUCACAGUAAAGACACCAACAUACUCCACAGGGAUAUCAAACCCCAGAAUGUUUUGAUAGAUGUUACCGGCAGGGCACGAUUAGCUGAUUUUGGUAUAAGUCGACAAUUGACCACGGGACAAACGACUGUAAAAACAAGAAGUGCUGGAACAAAAUGCUGGAUGGCCAGGGAAACUUUCGAUGAAGAUGGCGAUAUCAGAUAUAAGCGGAGCACUGAUAUUCAGGUGGUUGGAAUGUUGACAUAUUACAUCCUGUCUGGUGGACACCACCCCUUUGGCAGAGGUCCUCGAUGUGAGAGCAACAUUCUGGAUGGGAAGUACAAUCUGGAUCACGUUGUAGAUGAGGUUACAAAUGACCUCAUUGAGUGGAUGAUCAACAAAGACCCAAAAAAGAGACCUACUGUGGAGGAGACCUUGGAUCACCCCUACUUCUGGGAUGAGAAGAGGAAAGUUGAGUACUUGAGAAGAAUUGGGAAUGAGAAGGAGGUCGGGAAGUAUAGUGAUGCUGACCCAGAACUUCUAGAAGCUCUGAAACAAAGUGCCAUGGAGAGAACCUUCUGCCAGUGGAAAUCCAAGCUGCCGCCUGAUUUGAUCGAGAAGAUGGAUGGCAGAAAGCCCUACCCUGAGAACAUGUUGGGGUUACUACGCUUCAUACGCAACCUCCAUGAGCACUAUGCUGAGGAUUUUGAGUCUGUUGACCUGAUGAAAAUGUUCCCUGAUCUCUUUGGAUGUGUCUACAUGUUGGCCAAGAAACAGGACUGGAAUUCAAGGCCUGGUCUGAAAAAAAUGUGUCCGAGAGAUUUAAGCUCAUGAUUCUGAAAUGUAAACUGUAUGCCAUUUUAAACUGAUGAAAUAUGAACUAAUGUCAUACUCAAGACUCUUUGUAAGUAGAGCCAGUGAUCUGUGUUAAGGACAUUUUAUAUUCUACAUUUUCACUGAUAGACCUAAUAUACAUGUGAUUUUUACAAACCAAGAUUACAUGGUUGUAGCAUACCUAUCAUGGGGGAUUUGAAUGUAAAAUAUAACCUUGUGAAAUCUAAGGCUUUUUGUUUACUUGUUUCAGCUUACUUUUUACACAAAGCAUUGAUAUGAUAGCAAUGACUUGUCAACUUUAUUGUUCAUGCAGUUGUUUUUUUAAAGGAAUCUAGUAGGUUUUGUCCAGUGUUGUCCACUUGUUUUUGUUGUUUUCCAUUUUAACACAGCUGGUAGACAACAUAAAAUAUGCCUCAGUGACACUUCUACUCUAACAACUCAAACAUUCAUGGUUGUUUUUAUUUGGAGGUUUACGGGAUUUGUAAUAAUAUGAAUUAUCUGGAUGAGAUUUUCUAGAGAUGUCUGGAUCAAAAUGUUUACAUACUAUCGUUUCUUUAUUUUUUACAUCUGUGUAUUGCUUGGUAUGAACAUGAAGCCUACCAAGUGUUUAUUGAAACAACUGUUCUCUAUUCAGUGAUUCAAUCAAGGAGCUCUGACGCCCUUUUGUGGAUAGAACUGAGGAUCAUCCGUUUUCUAUGAAUUGAACACCAAAAGAAUCCAGCAAGUCUCAAUAUAAUAAAAGGUAUAAAAUA